AUGAGCGACAGCCCUCCGCCGGUUCCUCCUCCGCCGUUAAAUCAUUCGAACGGCAAUGGUAGGUCACCAAUGGGACUGCCACCACCCCCUCCGCCUCCAGGUUUUGAUGGAUUUGAUUUACCGCCCCCUCCACCGGGUAUAGAUCAGAAUUUUAUUCUCCCUCCACCGCCUCCUGGACUUGAGGAAGACAUGGGACCACCACCACCACCACCAUUGCCACCGGCAUCAGAGCUCAAUGAUGAAGUGCCAACAUCUGUCCCAGAAGCCAGUAAAAGAAUGAACGGUCAUUCAACUGUGGUUUUAGAUAACAUUGCAACCAACAAAAAGAGGAAGCUCGAUUCAGAUAACCUCAAUAAUAGCCAAAGAAAACGUAUUAAGAAGGAAAAGAGAAGACUCAAGAAGUUGAAGGGAGGAAAAGUUUCAUCCCACAAGGCAGAGAUGCCUCCUGAACAUCUGCGAAAGAUCAUUGAUAGCCACUCUGACAUGACAUCAAAAAGAUUUAACUACGAUAAAAGAUCAUUCUUGGGAGCCCUCAAAUACAUGCCUCAUGCGGUAUUGAAGCUUUUAGAGAAUAUGCCACAACCCUGGGAAGAAGUGAAAGAGGUUAGAGUGUUAUAUCACGUUACUGGUGCCAUAACCUUUGUCAAUGAGAUACCGAGGGUCAUUGAACCUGUUUAUGCCGCUCAAUGGGCCACAAUGUGGUUAGCGAUGAGAAGAGAGAAGCGUGAUAGGUCACAUUUUAAAAGAAUGAGAUUUCCAGCUUUCGAUGAUGACGAACCACCACUUUCAUACUCUCAAAAUAUUCAAGAUAUUGAGCCGCUGGAUCCAAUCAGGUUGAAUCUAGAUAAAUUUGACGAUGAAUUUGUGAAAGAUUGGCUAUAUGACAGUCGACCACUACAAGAUGACCAGAAGAAAGUGAAUGGGACUUCAUACAAAAGCUGGUACUUACCGUUACCUGUGAUGGCGAAUUUACAGAGGCUCACCUCUCCACUUGCCAACGACCUCGCCGAUCGUAACAAAUUUUACCUUUAUGAUAAGAAAUCUUUUUUCACUUCCAAGGCCCUCAAUACCGCAAUACCUGGAGGACCAAAAUUUGAGCCACUUUAUCCAUUAGAAGAAGAGGAGGAUUUUAAUGAGUUCAACUCGAUCGAUAGAAUAAUAUUCAGGAUUCCAGUACGAAGUGAGUACAAGGUUGCUUUUCCUCAACUUUAUAAUUCCCGUCCCAGAUCUGUCGAGAUAACAUGGUAUAAUGAUCCAGUUUCCUGCCUUAUAAGGUGCGACGAAGAUCCUGAGAUACCGUCAUUCUACUUCCACUCAUCACUAAAUCCUAUUAUAUCAAGGCGAAAUGAAAGGAAAUCACUACAGAAAAAGGAAGAUUCUGGGUUUUUGCUCCCAGAGGGACUAAAGCCUUUGAUGGAUGAAGAAGAUCUCGUACUACCCGAGACGAAAGAUGCAUUAGAGUUGUACUAUGCACCAUACCCAUUCAACAGAAAUUCUGGGAAUACAGUGAGAGCACAAGAUGUUCCUUUAUUAAAGAGUUGGUAUCUACAACAGCCUGAUGAAGAUUAUCCUAUUAAAACUAGAGUUUCACAUCAAAAGCUGCUCAAGACUCAUGUUCUGAACGAGUUGCGAAAAAGAAGCUCAACGAACGGCAAAAAAGUCAAACUUCUGAAAGCUUUUAGCAAUACCAAAUACUUUCAGCAAACUAAUAUUGACUGGGUGGAAGCAGGCCUACAAGUAUGUCGCCAAGGACAUAACAUGCUGAAUUUGCUCAUUCAUAGGCGAGGUCUUACCUUUCUUCAUUUAGAUUACAACUUCAAUUUGAAACCAACUAAGACCUUGACCACAAAAGAGCGUAAAAAAUCGAGAUUUGGUAAUGCUUUUCACUUAAUGAGAGAAAUAAUGAAGGUUACUAAGUUAUUAGUGGAUUCCCAUGUGCAGCAUCGACUAGGCAAUAUAGAUGCUUUCCAGUUAGCCGAUGCCAUAUACUAUAUUUUUAAUCAUUUGGGCCAGCUCACAGGUAUCUACAGGUACAAGUAUAAGGUUAUGCAUCAAAUUCGUGCGUGUAAAGAUUUGAAGCACUUGGUCUAUUAUCGGUUCAACAAAAUUAUUGGGAAGGGCCCCGGUUGUGGAUUCUGGCAGCCAGCUUGGAGAGUCUGGAUUUUCUUCAUGAGAGGUAUUAUCCCCUUGCUCGAGAGAUGGCUUGGUAACUUGAUGACUCGACAGUUUGAGGGCAGGACCAAUGAAAUCGUCAAGACGACAACAAAACAAAGGACUGAUGCCUACUAUGAUCUUGAAUUGAGAGCUUCAGUGAUGAAAGAUAUACUUGAAAUGAUACCUGAAGGAAUUAGGCAAAAUAAAGCAAGAACCAUCCUGCAGCAUUUAAGUGAGGCUUGGAGAUGUUGGAAGGCCAAUAUACCAUGGAAUGUUCCAGGAAUGCCAAAACCAAUAAAGAACAUCAUUGAGAGGUAUAUCAAGGCAAAGGCCGACGGAUGGGUUUCUGCCGCCCAUUACAACCGUGAACGUAUAAGACGUGGUGCCCAUGUUGAAAAGACUGUGGUAAAGAAAAACUUAGGUAGAUUAACCAGAUUGUGGAUAAAGAACGAACAGGAAAGGCAGCAGCUAAUUGAGAAAAACGGUCCUGAAAUCACACCUGAUGAGGCAACUGCAAUUUUCUCGACCAUGGUGAGUUGGUUCGAAUCGCGCAACUUUUCACCGAUACCAUUUCCACCUUUAGCAUAUAAAAAUGACACCAAGAUUCUUGUGCUGGCGCUAGAAAAUUUGAAGGAUGUUUACAACUCUAAGGUCAGACUGAACGCAACAGAACGUGAGGAAUUAGCAUUGAUUGAAGAAGCAUACGACAACCCACAUGAAACACUUAACAGAGUCAAGAAAUAUCUUUUGACACAGAGAGUUUUCAAGUCAGUUGACCUUACAAUGGUAGAUCAAUACCAAAGUAUUAAACCCGUUUUUUCCGUGGACCCACUUGAGAAGAUUACAGAUGCAUACUUGGACCAAUACCUUUGGUUUGAAGCCGAUGAAAGAAACCUAUUUCCGAACUGGAUUAAACCUAGUGAUGCCGAGAUUCCACCAUUGUUGGUAUAUAAGUGGUGUCAAGGUAUUAAUAACUUAUCUGGUGCAUGGGAUGUUUCUGAUGGACAAUCAACUGCUAUUAUAGAGGCUACUUUGGGGGAGAUGGCGGAAAAGAUUGACUUCACUCUCUUGAACAGACUGCUAAGGCUCAUUAUGGAUCCUAACAUGGCCGAUUAUAUGACUGCAAAGAACAAUGUGAUUUUAACAUACAAGGAUAUGGCACACGUUAACAAGUACGGCCUUCUUCGUGGUCUGCAGUUUUCCUCUUUCAUAUACCAGUAUUAUGGAUUGGUUAUGGACUUACUUCUGCUCGGAAAUGAGAGGGCCACCGAUUUGGCAGGGCCUGCUAUCAAUCCGAAUGAUUUCAUGCAGUUUAAAGAUGUUGAAACCGAGAUGAGAAGUCCUAUCAAACUUUAUGCACGUUACUUGGACAAGAUUUAUAUCUUGCUUCGUUUUGAGGAGAGGGAGACCGAUGAGUUAACUGAUGAAUAUCUGUCUGAAAAUCCAGAUCCGAACUUUCUCAAUGCUGUCGGCUAUAAUAACAAAAAAUGCUGGCCACGAGAUGCUCGUAUGCGCUUGAUGAGACACGAUGUUAAUUUGGGCAGAGCAAUAUUCUGGGAGAUCGCAGGCCGUGUGCCAUCUUCUCUCGCCAAUCUCAACUGGGAAAGCAGCUUCGUUUCAAUUUAUAGCAAGGACAAUCCUAACUUGCUAUUUACGAUGUGCGGCUUCGAGGUCCGCAUCCUACCAAACCAUAGAGCUGAUGAAGUAAUUUCAAGCGGUGAGGGUGUUUGGGACCUCUUAGAAGAACAAACGAAGCAAAGGACCGCCAAAGCAUAUCUCAAAGUCUCGCAAGAUGCCAUUGACGAAUUUGACAGCAAAAUACGUGGGAUUCUGAUGGCAUCAGGAUCUACCACAUUUACUAAAAUUGCAGCCAAAUGGAAUACAGCACUUUUAUCAUUGUUUGCUUACUUUAGAGAGGCAAUUGUCACAACAGAGCCUUUAUUAGAUAUUUUAGUCAAGGCCGAAACCCGCAUACAAAACAGGGUCAAGAUAGGAUUGAACUCUAAAAUGCCCACUCGUUUCCCACCAGCGGUUUUCUAUACUCCUAAAGAAUUAGGUGGCUUGGGUAUGAUUAGCGCUUCUCAUAUUUUGAUUCCAGCAGCCGACCUAACGUGGUCACGGCAAACUGAAACUGGUGUAACCCAUUUUAGAGCAGGUAUGAGCCAUGAAGAUGACAAACUAGUACCAACUAUCUUUCGUUAUAUCACAACCUGGGAGAAUGAAUUUCUGGACUCCCAGCGUGUUUGGUCUGAAUAUGCAGCGAAGCGACAAGAGGCCAUCCAACAGAAUCGCAGGCUCGCUUUCGAAGAGCUUGAAGGCUCUUGGGACAGAGGUAUACCAAGAAUUAGCACUCUGUUUCAGAAGGACCGUCACGUAUUAGCCUACGAUAGGGGCCAUCGCGCACGGCGAGAAUUCAAAAAGUAUUCACUGGAGCGUAACAGUCCAUUUUGGUGGACUAAUUCUCAUCAUGAUGGUAAAUUAUGGAAUCUAAAUGCCUACCGGACAGAUGUCAUCCAGGCUCUCGGAGGCAUAGAAACAAUUCUCGAACAUACUCUCUUCAAGGGUACAGGAUUUAGCUCAUGGGAGGGAUUGUUCUGGGAGAAGGCGGCUGGUUUUGAAGAUUCUAUGCAAUUCAAGAAAUUGACGCAUGCUCAAAGGACGGGUCUGAGUCAGAUUCCAAAUCGUCGUUUUACUUUAUGGUGGUCACCCACAAUUAAUAGAGCCAACGUCUACGUUGGGUUUUUGGUUCAAUUGGAUUUGACUGGUAUAUUUUUGCAUGGUAAGAUUCCCACCUUGAAGAUAUCACUUAUUCAAAUUUUCCGAGCACAUUUGUGGCAGAAGAUCCAUGAAAGUAUUGUGUUCGAUAUUUGUCAAAUUUUAGAUGGCGAGUUGGAAGCUCUACAAAUAGAAUCUGUGACUAAGGAGGCCGUUCAUCCACGUAAAUCCUACAAGAUGAACUCUAGUGCUGCCGAUAUAACUAUGAACAGCGUCUACCAAUGGGCAGUAUCCAGGCCUUCUCUGCUCCAUAAUUCAAAGGACUCAUUUGAUGCCACAUUUACCAACAAGAUGUGGUUUGAUGUACAAUUGAGAUAUGGUGAUUAUGAUUCUCAUGACAUAUCAAGAUAUGUCCGGGCCAAGUUUCUAGACUAUACCACCGACAACGUAAGCAUGUACCCUUCUGCCACCGGUGUCAUGAUUAGCAUUGACCUGGCUUACAACAUGUAUGACGCGUAUGGUAACUGGUUCACUGGAUUAAAACCCUUGGUACAAAACAGUAUGAGGACUAUUAUGAAGGCAAAUCCUGCGUUGUAUGUUCUUCGUGAGCGUAUUAGGAAGGGCCUGCAAAUCUACCAAUCGAACAUUCAAGAACCUUUCCUAAACUCAUCGAAUUACAGUGAAUUGUUCAAUAAUGAUGUGAAACUUUUUGUUGACGAUACCAAUGUGUACAGGGUUGCAGUUCACAAAACAUUUGAAGGCAAUGUUGCCACCAAGGCCAUCAAUGGUUGUGUUUUCACUUUGAACCCCAAGACGGGUCAUUUGUUCCUAAAGAUCAUUCAUACUUCCGUAUGGGCAGGUCAAAAACGGUUAAGUCAGCUGGCUAAAUGGAAAACUGCAGAAGAAGUAAGUGCACUGAUAAGAUCUCUACCGAAGGAAGAGCAACCAAAGCAAAUUAUUGUUACUCGGAAAGCCAUGCUUGAUCCAUUAGAAGUUCACAUGUUGGACUUCCCGAAUAUCUCAAUAAGACCUACGGAACUAAGGUUACCAUUUGCAGCAUCACUAUCCAUCGACAAGUUAUCAGAUGUGGUCAUGAAAGCGACCGAACCGCAGAUGGUACUUUUCAACAUUUACGAUGACUGGCUAGAACGAGUCUCGUCAUACACAGCGUUUUCGAGGCUUAUUUUACUACUGAGGGGACUGAAGACGGACGAAGAGCAGGCAAAGAUUAUACUACUUGGCGAUCCAACUAUUCCUGUUAAGCAGCACCAUCUAUGGCCGUCAUUUACGGACGAACAAUGGAUUACUAUUGAGGCAAGAAUGCGAGACUUGAUUCUGGGUGCGUAUGGAAAGAAGUACGGCGUCAACAUAUCCUCUUUAACUCAAACUGAGAUAAAGGAUCUGAUUUUAGGACAAAAUAUCAAGGCCCCUUCUGUAAAGAGGCAAAAGAUGGCCGAGCUUGAGGCGGCAAGAAAUGAGACUCAAGCCGAUGAGAUGAAUGCUGGCGCAUCCAGCGUCAUGAAAACCAAAACAGUCAAUGCUCAAGGUGAGGAGAUUGUUGUUGUUACUUCGGCCAAUUACGAAAAUGAGACCUUCACAUCUAAGAAUGAAUGGCGAAAGAGUGCUAUUGCGAAUAGUCUGUUGUAUCUGAAGCUCAAGAAUAUCUACGUGGCAUCAGAUGACUUUAUUGAAGAAAAAGACGUCUUUGUCUUACCUAGGAACCUACUCAAAAAGUUUGUGGAGAUAUCCGAUAUAAGAAUUCAGGUGGCUGCCUACUUGUAUGGAUGCUCGUCAUCAGAGCAUCCAAAUGUCAAGGAGAUAAGAACAAUUGCCCUAUGUCCUCAACUUGGGAAUAACAAGUCGGUUACUUUCUGCAAACCGCCAGAAGACCAGGUAGAACUUCAGGAUUUACAACUUUUAGGCUGGAUUCAUACUCAAAAGGAGGAUUUAAAAUUUAUGGCCGCCCCAGAGGUAACAACGCAUGCGAAAACUUUUGGUACGACCUUCAAGGACACUAUAGACUUGGCAGUCUGCCUGCUGCCAGGGUCAGUUUCGUUAGCCGCCUAUAAUUUGACAGACGAGGGCUACGGGUGGGGAGUGCAAAAUCAGGACAUGGUUAAUACGAUAUCUGAGGGAUUCGAUCCUGCUUUUAGUGAACAUGCGCAACUUUUACUUUCCGAACGGUUUAUGGGUAAUUUCUUGGUUCCUAUCGGAGGGUUCUGGAACUACACGUUCAUGGGUGCAAGUUUCACAACUAAUAUGAGCUACGAAUUAAGAACAGGCAUUCCAUUAGAAUUUUACAAUGAGCAACAUCGUGUAACGCACUUCCUGCAAUUUCAUGACGCUAAUGGCGACCAGGCCCUCGAGGCUGAACAAGAGGAUGUUUUCGCUUAA